GUUUGCUCUCCGCUCUGGUGUUCCUGAUAUUGAAAGUUGCCAUUUUUUAAAAUCUGUUGUUUUAUUUUGCAUAUUUGGUUGAUUGCGUUAGACUUUGUAAAGUUAAAAUUUUCUGCCGUGUUGAAUCUAUUUCCUGGUUGGGUUGGUUGUCAAGUCUUCAUUUGGUAGAUGAAAUGUUUAGCAAUAGUUAGAUGGAGAACCGACAGAAUUAAAAAUUGCCUGUUGCGAUCAAAGGAAUUAACAUAGAUUCUAUCAUCAGAGCUAUGAAUCAGGAACACUAGAGCGGGGAGCAAAAAAAACGGAAUGUUGUUGAUGAUACACGCAUGAUUGAUCUGUAGAAGUUAGCACAUACCCGAACGUGGAGCUCUUUCGACCUAGGAACGUCGGACACGUUUGAUGGCUGGAGCUGUUGUGGCUCAACGUUACUCGACGGCUGGGUGGCUACGAUCACUCGAUCGAGGAACGCCAGUCUAAGUUGCUGGAGAAGAUGUUGAGGACGGUUGGAGCAACGAUCGCGGGAGAAGAGGUUAUCGGGAAAAGAGCAGUGCGGCGGAAGAGAGAAAGAGGAAAAAGGAUAAAACCUAGCUUUAGGGAUUAGGGCAGAGGGUCGAUGGAGUAAUGUUCAGCCACAACAGCUCCAGCCACUACUAGAAAUUUAACCUAUUACGACAUUUUCUUCAUGACAUUUAAUUUAAAAUCAUCAGAUCCCUGUCCUAACGCUAAAUAUUUAUGUAAUUUUUUCCCCUCAUUUAAGAAGAAAAUGACAUAAAUAUUUUCCACAGGAUAAUAUUCUUCAGUCAAUACUAUCACUUUUUUUCUAGAUAAAAAAAAUUUUGUAAGGAAAGACUUUUUUUUUUUUUGAAAAAAUGUGGCAUCACUUAAAAUUUUGAUACGUCAACAUACCUCAUAAUUACCAUUUCAUAGAAGGAAAACCAACAUAUCUCAUAAUUACACUAAGGAACUUCCAAUCCUAUUGUCACGCUAAAAUAUUUAUGUCAUUUUCCCUGCCCUAACGCUUAACCCAUUCCCUCAUCACACGCCGAUUUUUCUUCUCUGUUCUCGCUCGCCGCUCCCCCGCCCUAAGCCCCGCUCCGAUCCUCUCCUUUCUCUUCCCUUAGCUUCUCUCGUCAUCGCUGCUUUUCUCCUUGCUCCUCCCUAAUCUGCUCUCAUCGGCGCUCCUCUCCCUUUCUCCUCCCUCUGCUCUCGUUCGUUGCCGCUCCUCUCCCUAAUCUGCUGUCACUGUCGCUGGGAUCUUCACCCACGCUCACGCAUACCUGUGCCGCCGCCGGCCUCCACCACGAUUCCUCCACAGCACUGCCUACACGCUGUGAUUCUGCCUUUCUCCUCCCAAACUCAUUCUUGUCGUCGCUGCUCCCUAAUCUGCGGAUCUCACCGUGAUUUGUUGUAGAUUGGAAGAAUUUAAUAGUCACCUUGCUCCUUUCUACAUAAUCGAAUCAAACAGGGAGGAUAAUGGUAGGCCUUUCUCUAGGAGAGAAACAAUUCAUACAUGGUGGGAUUGCUCAGGACCUCCGCACGGACGGUCGAAAAAGACUCCAUUACCGACCCAUCUCAAUCGAGACAGGAGUCAUUCCUCAGGCGAAUGGGUCUGCACGAGUUAGAUUGGGAGCAACAGAUGUUAUUGUUAGCAUUAAGGCAGAAUUGGGGAAGCCAAGCUCUCUACAACCGGAUAAAGGAAAAGUUGCUAUUUUUGUUGACUGCAGUCCGACAGCAGCACCAAUGUUUGAGGGAAGGGGAGGUGAAGAACUGUCUUCAGAACUCUCAGUUGCUCUUCAGAGAUGUUUACUAGGUGGUAAGAGCGGAGCAGGGGCUGGAAUCGAUCCCUCGUCCCUUGUCAUUGUCGAGGGUAAGGUGUGCUGGGAUUUGUACAUUGAUGGCCUAGUUGUCAGUUCAGAUGGAAAUCUACUUGAUGCAUUAGGCGCUGCAAUCAAGGUAGCUUUAAGUAAUACAGGCAUCCCAAAGGUCACUGUUAUUCUUGGACCUUCACCAAAUGACCAACCAGAUGUUGAUCUCAGCGAUGAAGAGUUCUUGCAGUUUGACACUACUGGAGUCCCUGUUAUAGUUACCCUGACUAAGGUCGGUCGCCACUACAUUGCUGAUGCGACUUUGGAAGAGGAGUCUCAAAUGAGCUCCGCUAUGUCUGUCUCCUUGAAUAGGCAUGGACAUAUAUGUGGACUGACGAAGCGAGGCGCUGCUGGCUUGGACCCAAGUGUUGUUCUUGACAUGAUUUCAGUAGCACAGCAUGUAGGCGAGCAACUGAUGUCUAUGCUCGAUUCAGAGAUCGCCGCUGCAGAGGCAGCAGCAGCCCAGGAACAAUGAUCUGUCUGCAUCCUCCAAAGUUUCCUCCCAAUCUGCAGGAGAUCGAAUGUUCGACUCAUUUCUUUUAGUAAUUGCUGUUAGCUUUACGUUUGAAUGUUGUGGAGCAAUUUUUAUCAUCUAAACAGAACUUUAGUAAUGUAGUGCUUAGAUUAAAGUAGAAAUCUUAUUAAUGAGAUAUAAUGACAGGAGGAUCAAAGUCAAAUAGGCAUUUUUGGCA